AUGUCCUUCUCUCAGUUCGGAUACCCCUACAGCACCACUUCACAGUUCUUCGUGCCCGCCAGCCCCAGCACGACCUGCUGCGAGGCCGCCCCCCGCUCCGGGCCGGAUGCCGCCUCGGCGCCGGCCGCCGCCUCGCUGUGCUGCGCCCCGUACGAGGGCCGGCUGCUGGCGCCCGGCCGCGCCGAGCUCAAUGCGGCGCUGGGCAUGUACAGCGCCCCGUACGCCGCCGGCCAGGGCUACGGCAACUACCUGCCCUACGGCGCCGAGCCCGCCGCGCUCUACACCGCGCUGAACCCCCAGUAUGAAAUCAAAGACGGCGCCGGCACGCUGCACUCGGGAAUCGCGCAGCCCGCUACCUACUACUCCUACGAUCAUUCCUUGGGGCAGUACCAGUACGACAGGUACGGGACGGUGGAUUUCGGUGGUUCAGCCAGACGCAAAAAUGCAACGCGAGAGACCACGAGUACCCUCAAGACCUGGCUGUACGAACACCGCAAGAACCCUUACCCCACCAAAGGAGAGAAAAUCAUGCUGGCUAUCAUCACUAAAAUGACCCUGACGCAAGUGUCCACUUGGUUUGCUAACGCCAGACGGAGGCUCAAGAAAGAAAACAAAAUGACCUGGUCUCCCAAGAACAAAGCGGGGGAAGAGAGGAAAGAAGAAGCCCCGAGGGAAGAGGAUGCAUACAGUGCGGAGGGUGAAGGCAGAGAGCAGAAGAGCUACAAAGAGGACAAGGACCUGCGGUUCAGCGACCUGGAGGAGGAGGAGGAAGAGGAGGAGGAGGCGGGGAAGCCGGAGAAGGGCCGGACCAGCUCCCUGCAGGAAGCCCCCAGCCUGGGCGCGGCCCUGCCCGAGGCUCCGCGGAGCGACUGCAGCCUGCCCGGCCCCUUCCACGCCUUUCCUUGUGCCAAGGCCCCCGCCGCGGACUUCGCCCCCGCCUCCUUGGCCGGCCCGCCGCCGCCCUACGCGCCCGCGGAGAAGCCGCGCAUCUGGUCGCUGGCGCGCACCGCCGGGGCCAGCGCCGCGCACCGGGGCAGCCCCGAGGGCCGCGGGGCGGAGGGAGGCGGCGGCGCACAGGGGGAGCAGCCCCUGCCCGCCAAGGCCUUCCGGAGCUCCGCGUUCAACCUGCAGCCGCUCCCGCGAAGCUGCGCGUCCCACCGCGGCCUGGGGGAGCCGUGCCAGUUCGCGGCGGCGGGCGAAGGCUUCGGGCGGGGCGCCAAGGGCGGCCCGGGAGGCACCGAGCUGGGUGGGACCUGCCUGGACAGGCUGCGGACGGCGUUCCGGCCCGUGCUGCGGAGGUGAGGGCCGCCCGCCCCGUCCUGGGCGCUGGCGAGGGGGCUCCGGCUGUAACGAGGCUCUCGGCUUGCCGCAGCGAAAGACAGCUCUCCCCGGGCCGGCGAUGGCCUCGCGGCUCCGCCUGCCCUGCCCUCGGCGGGCAGAGG